AUGGAGAAACUUGACAAAGCAAAUUAUUUCUAUUUUAUACCACCAGAAGGCAAGAGUUCAGUAGAAUACAUAGAUAUGCCCGAACUAGAAAGCUCUCCAAUCCGAACUGAAUGGCUGGAUUCUAACAACAAAACUGAACUUCUAAAUAAAUAUUAUAAAAAUUAUGUCCAACCUUUUAAAGAAAAGAGUACGGAAAUGGAAUAUUUUAUCUCUAAUGAUCCUGUACGAAAACAAAGAAUAUUUCCAAGUGAUCAACUUAGAAAAGUUAUUGCAAAUCAACGAAUGUGGAACGUAAAAUAUCCUCGCGAAAGGUUUCCUCUCGAUAAUAACAUAUAUGAUCGAUUUUUAGAUACUUUUAGCAGAGGAUCAAUUACAGAUUUUAAUCCAGAAGAUUACGGAUUGGUACCAUCAGAUAUUAGUACAAUAAAAUCUACUAGUACAAAUGAUCAAGAAAUUCGAAUAUUACCUGAAACUACGGAUCAUCAAUCGAUAAAUGGAAGUGAAAGGUCACACGAAAAGAAAAAGGAAAAAGAUGAACAUCAAAUGAUUUUCUAG